AUGUCUGAAUAUCAUGAUGAGUUUUAAGAAGACCAAUAAAAAUUGAAUGCCUUGAACCUGUCUUGGACAUUGGGGUUUAAUUAUAAAAUGGUAAAUGGAGUUCACAAUCUUACUAAUGAUUCUCGUAAGGUAUGAUCUAUCUUAAUUUAGGAAAUAUUCUAUGCAACAGCACACACAGGAGUAAUAUUUGAUUAUGGAAAUAAUUAACAAAGAUUAUUAUAAGGACAUGUAUUAUAUUAUAUUAUUUUUAGUGUAAUAAAAUAUCAUGCACAGCAUAUUGUAAAGAAUUGGAUAUAAUUGUAACUGCUGAUGCAGGGCCAGAUAGUAUGUUAGUCAUAUGGGAUGCAAAGACAGGAGUACCUAGAAGAACAAUAUUUGAGCCACAUGCUAAUGGUGUUUAAGCAGUGGAUAUUAGUGAGAAUGGACAAUAUUUGGUAACAUUGUCAAAGGAAGAACCCGAUAAAAUAUAAUCUAUAUCAUUUUGGGAUUGGUAAUCUCAAGAUCCUCGUCUUAGAACAACAGUGUUAGAUGAUAAAUUAAAGGAUUAUUAAUACUAUGUUACAAUUAAUAAUAAUGCUGAACAAAAAUAAAAUCAAUAAUAGAUAUUUGAAUUUGCUACAACAGGUAAAAAGAGAGUAGUCUUUUGGAGUUGGGAAUAUGGAGCAGCAGGAUUUGAAUAUUAUAGUCCUGAAGUUCAAAAGAACAAGGUUUUGACUUAGACUGUUUUUAUUCCAAAGAACAAAAAUGUAGUAACAGGAACAUUAGAUGGAUAUAUAAUAGUUUGGGAUGUUUCUCUAAUUAUUGAAGAAUAUGGAUAGCCAGAUGAAAGAAGAGUAAUUAAGAUAGUUAAUCUUAUGAAUGUUGCAAAUAAAUCUGAAACUUAAUAAAAGAAAGGAAAUGCUUAGAUAUUAUUAUUAAGAGUAUAAGGAAGAUAUUUAGUAGUUGGAGCAUCUAAUGGAUCUGUAAGAUUUUAUGAUUUCAAAUUCAGAAUACGAGCAUGGUUUGAAGAUGUUGUUAUUGGAUAAAAUGGUUUAAAUAUAUAAUGUAUAGGAUCAAUUACUAAUUUAUCAUUUGCAAAUGAGAAUAUGUAUUAGGAAGAUUAUGAAACUGAAUCUGAUGAGGAGAAAGAUAAAGAUGAGUAAUCUUAGAAAAAGUCUAAACCAUUUUUAUGUUAAGAUUUUAUUGUUGUGGAUGAUAAGGCAAAUGUUAUUUUAUUAAAGUCAUAAUAAUUUUAAGAAAUUGAAAAAGAAAAGAAGAAAGGAACAGUAAUUAUGUCAUCUAUUGUUUCACCUAUUAUUUCUAUAUCAGUUAGACCUAAUGUACCUGUAGUUGCAUUUAGUUGUGAAGAUAAUAAAAUUUAUGAAUGGAAUUUUUAUGAAAAACACAAUAAACUUAAAGAAAUAAAAGAAAAGGGUAGUGAAUUACAAAUAUAAAGUACAUUUAUUGAAUAUAGUCCUGAUGGUAAUUAUUUAGCUGUCUGUUCUAAAAAUGGAAUUGUUCAUAUGUAUGAUUGUAGAGAAGAGAAAUGGCUUAAAAAUUUAUUAGUUUCUGAAACUGAUAAAACUAAACCUAAAAUAAC